AUGGAAUUUGCCCGCAUUCCCGUCAGCUUGGACGCGCUGCCGGCCGCACACAAAUGGUAUCACAAGAUCACGAGCACUGAGCCGACCCAUUUAGGCCACCAGAUCAGUAAUGAGAUUGUCGUCACGAUGUGGGUGUUUAAGGAGAUCGUACGCACGCUGGUUGGCCGUCAGAAAUGGGCCGACGCUUCGAACCCCCGGCUUUGGUCUCAGGUCGUGCAAACCGGCAGUUCGGAAGUAUCGGACAUCACGACAGUCAAGAAGCACCCGCGUCUGAAGACUUUAUGUUUGAUACGGAAAUUUUUUCGGUGGAAGAGGUCGUCACGCUUCGAGCCCGUUGCUCUGCGCGCCUGA